AUGACUGCAUCGCUCUCUGUUUCUGAAAAGCCUGGCCACAAUCGACGCCGCUCUUCUAGUAUAAUUAACCAUAUUGAACCUGAAACCAUUGAAGAACAGACUGACCAGGCUUCUCUUCCAAAUCUGAAUGCUGACUGGGUUAAUAACAAGGGUGCUUGGGUUAUACACAUUGUCGUUAUCGUCAUGUUAAAGGUCUUCUAUGACCUUCUGCCUGGAGUCACCCAGGAACUCAGUUGGACUCUCACAAACAUCACCUACGUAACUGGCUCAUAUGUUAUGUUUCACUAUGUAAAGGGAAUACCAUUUGAGUUUAAUGGCGGUGCCUACGAUAAUCUUACCAUGUGGGAACAGAUUGACGAUGGUGACCAAUACACUCCGGCAAAAAAGUUUCUGCUGGGAGUUCCCAUUGGUCUCUUUCUCAUUUCCACUCACUAUACUCACUAUGAUAUUACCAUGUUUGUGCUCAACUGCCUGGCUUGUCUAUUUGUCGUGAUUCCAAAGCUUCCUUCAAGCCAUCGUCUCCGCAUCUCAGUCCCAGGAUAUGCCACCCCUGUCAGUGAGGACUAG